AAACCAGGAGCUUGACGUUAGAAGUCCAUUACAAGAAUGAAAGGAACUCUCUUUCUCCUCCCCUUUGUGAUUAUUUUAGGACUUUCUCAUCUUGCAUGCUAUACAGCAGUCCCAAUUACAAGAACUAAAAGCCUUAUGCAAGAUGCCCAAGUUCAUCUUGCACUAGACAACCUUCACAAGCACAAGGUUAUCACUGGGAUAAAGUGGCACAGGGAGGAGCCAAUUAUGGCUGCGAGGAUGGGCUUGGAACUCAACGACUACCCACCUUCUGGGGCUAAUGGUCGUCACACUCCAAGAGCACCAUAGCCAUAAUCCAUAAUAUGCGUACAAAUGUUGUGUGUUUAUCGUUAGUACCCUAUGAGGUUAGCGUAUUACAAUCUUAUGAUGUCGACCCAGUCAUAAGUAACAUAUAUAUUGUUUAACAAAUUA